AUGGCAGCAACCAGACAUUCGGCUGGUGAUACUCUCAGAACCAUUCUGGGGUUCUCUCUGAUAGCCUUUGCCAACACGCUUAUGCCACUCAUUAUUUACUCUUCGGCCUAUUUGAUCAUAUGUUUUCCACGGCCCAUCGUCAAUCUGAUACAGACCGUCCCUGCCCUUGCUGGCAAACUUCUUCUUCCACAAUUGCUGCGAAGCUGGCUUCCCUACUGGUUCCGCCCCCUGCUCAUCUGCUUUGGCUGGAUUGGCUCUGCUGUGAUUGCUGAGGCCACGCCCCCCAAUGUCGACCCUCGGCUCCGGAUCUUAUGUGUCGUUCUCGCCUCUAUUCAGGCUGCCGGUGGUGAUGUUACCUGGCUGGGAAAUCUGAGACACUAUGGUAAGCCCGGUUUGGUGGGAUGGGGAAUUGGUUCUGGAGUCGGUUCCGUUGUCAGCGCCGUGUUACCUUACUUUGUCACCGUUACGCGGAAGAUGUUCCUUCGAGACGCCGUCGGCUACAUUAUAUAUCUGGUCCCGGUAGUAGUCGUCUCACACUUUUUCAUUCUACCGCCUUUUCCUACCUCGGAGGCUCGAGACCGCCCCCAGCACAGCAAGGAUGAUAAGGAGAAACUGGAGAGGUAUGAGCCUGCUGGUACUGACGCACCGACGAAGCGUAUGAAGGCGAUGGAGCGUAUCGAGGCGAAUAACAGAAUACUGAGCCGCCUGGCAUCGCCGUAUGUGAUUCCUCUGUUCAUGAGCUCAAUCGGGUAUGCCGUAUUAUACCCCGGGUUCGUUCGCGCCAUGGGAACCGUUCCCUCCUUUGACCGGUACACGAGCUAUUUGGCCGCAUAUGGCCUCACUUUCCAGCUCGGCAAUUGCAUGGCCCGCUCUUGUCUGACCUUGAUCCGCUUUCGCAACACGAGACUGAUGCUUGCUCUUCUUGGACUCGUUUUCCUGGCCUUGCUGUGCAAUAGCAUAUUCUCGAUCGCAACCGCGCCAAUCCUGGUGUUCCCCCUGGUCUUCAUAGGGGGCUUUGCUACCGGCGCCGUUUACAUCGACGUUUUCGCAUCACUUGUCGAGCAUAGAGACCACGAGUCUGGCGCGGAUCUUGAGUUUGCUCUGGGAGCAGUCGGUGUUGGAGAGCCUGCGGGCAUGCUGCUUGGGGGUUUAAUAGCUACUGUUCUGGAACAAUGGCUCUGCGGCUCUGGCCUGGCUGCUGGAGAACGGUGGUGUCACACGACGUGGUGA